AUGGACAAGAUGUCAUCAGGAAGCUGGAAUGCUGGGAAGAAAAAUGCAUAUACAACAGUCAAAGUAGAUCCUGAUGAGGACUAUUGUACCCCAGGAGCAUUUGAACUGGAGAGGCUCUUGUGGAAGGGAUGCCCAAAGUACACUCACGUCAAUGAAGUCUGGCCCAGCCUCUACAUAGGAGACGAAAAAACUGCACUGGAUCGCUACAGUCUGGAGAAGGAGGGAUUCACCCACAUCCUCAACGCGGCCCACGGGCAGCGCAACGUGGACACGGGACCAGAAUAUUACAGCAGCAUGAGUGUGGAGUACCAUGGGGUGGAAGCAGAUGAUCUCCCCACUUUUGACCUCAGCCAGUUCUUCUAUUCAGCUUCCAAAUUCAUUGAUAGUGCACUUCAGGAUGAAAGAAGCAAGGUGCUGGUUCACUGUGCCAUGGGCCGCAGCCGCUCAGCCACGCUGGUCUUGGCUUACCUGAUGAUUUACAAGAACAUGACAGUGGUGGAUGCCAUUGAGCAAGUGUCAAAGCACCGCUGCAUCAUGCCAAACCGGGGCUUCCUGAAGCAGCUGAGAGAACUGGACAUAGCACUGGCACUGCAGAGGAGGAACAGCAAGAACAGCCUAGCACCUGCUGAGCAGAACAGCACCACCAUCUAG